AAUAGUCAUCGUGAUGGUAAGAACGACGCGAAGUCAGAUGCUGCUCGAUUUAUCAAGGUCUCUCUUUAAAAGCUAUGAUUAAUCAUUUAAGUGUGUAUUAGCACUCGACUCUACAAGACCACACAAAGUACCGGUGUCAUACAGGUUCACCAACAGAGUAAUCAACUCAGUAAUCAACUACUGGAAGAAAUUAUGUCCGUAAUUUCAAAUGAUUCUUUCAAGAUAUCUCUAGCUACUCAGUGAAGUUGAACAGAAAAGGACUACCAAAAGCAGACGCCCUCUGUCCUUUGUGCACAUAUAUGAACCUAUCGUUACAGCGGGACAGUAAAGCUGAACGUUUAGGCAGUUAGUUAGAAGUUAAUUGAGCUGGGAAAAUACGCGCAUCUCAUCGGGGUAUUUACUCCAACAGCAAUUCCAGCCAACUGUUUAAGUUGUUUAUCACACGAUUCUUUAAAGAAAAUGACUGAUGGCAAUGAGAAACUUAAACAAAUGGAGGAGGAGAUGGAUAGAUUCGAGGCUGAAAUUGCUCAUCAGUCGUCAGGCAAGACACCAAAUACCAUUCCAAUCUCUGGCGGAUUUACAUUCCCUCCUGUUACUAGCUUUAUGCCUCCCCAGUUACGUGUUCAUCAAAACCCGACCAACGUCGUGCAGCCAGUUUAUUCGGUCUUGCCACUGCCUCCCGGGGUUCCCAUGUUUGUUCCCCUUUCUCAACCUCCUGUGUCUUGUUACCAUAUGAAUGUCGCUCACACGCAGUUGCCGCCAUCAAAUCCUGUUUUCAUGCCUUCAAAGGCAUCUAAUAUGUCGAUCCCAACACCAAAAGUGGAAAUGUCUCCCGUUUCAUCAGUUAACAAAGAGACUGUUAGUGAACAUAACCCAACUCAAAAAGUUAUAUCUGCUCCACCACAAAUGGCUGGACCAAACGAGUUAGCGGCACGAGCCAAGCAAGCCGCUGCGGCGGUUGCAGCUGCCAAGUCUAAAGCUGAAGACGAAGACGAUGAUGUUACUCGAGCAUUGCUAGCUGCGGCAGCGGGAGUUACUUAUACUCGAGUUCAGGGGCCAGAUGGAAAAGAAAAGGUUUUAGCAAGUAUCACUAAACCUCCGCUAACACCAGUCGUUACACAAUCAAGUAAAAAAUCAAAGCUAACCGAUCUCAAUACAGAUACGGAAGUGAACAAAGUAACACAAACAACAAUAUUACCACCGGUACCACCUACAAUUUAUCGUUCUGCUAGUACAACUACAAAUGAUCAAGUCUAUAAAAAGAAAAAAUACAUUCGCACAGCUGCUGGAGCCACUUGGGAAGAUCCGACUUUGGUUGAAUGGGAUCCAAAUGACUUCCGAUUAUUUUGUGGGGAUUUGGGAAAUGAAGUGACAGAUGAUACUCUAGCACGAGCAUUUAACCGCUACCCUUCCUUUCAAAAAGCAAAAGUUGUUCGAGACAAACGUACCAGUAAAUCUCGUGGUUAUGGUUUCGUUAGCUUUUCUGAUCCUGGAGAUUUCACACGUGCCAUGCGAGAAAUGAAUGGUAAAUAUGUUGGUAAUCGUCCGAUCAAACUGAAAAAAAGCGAGUGGCGUAAUCGUCAACUGGAAGUCCAUAGAAAAAAGGAGAAAGAAAAACGGAAACUUGGUUUGAAAAACUGAUAUUUUUAACCGAGGUCUAUUAAAUUUAUCCUGUGAAUAUUUUCCUACUUUUGAAAUACAAAGCCUCAAGAUAAUCAUAGCA